CAUUAUGAAGUGGAUUCGAGUUGUGGCCAUAACAGGAUGUGACAGCGGCCUUGGCUGGGCACUAGCGGCUCGAUUCGCUCGGGAAGGCCUUGUUACAGUGGCAGGCAUGUAUAAAGGCACGAACACCGAUGCUUCCAAAGCCCUGAAAGCCCUGUGUGCUCAUCCUCACAUGUUGGAUGUGACGAGGCCCGAAAGCAUUGCCAAUUUUUAUGAUUAUGUUAAAUGUCUUUUGGAGAAAAAUCCCGAUUACAAAUUAUAUGCGCUGAUCAACAAUGCUGGAAUAAUGACCAUAGCAGACUACGAAGUGCAACCUCCGCAAAUAUUUGAAAAUACAAUAAAUGUAAAUUUAAUGGGUCCAAUGAGGAUGGUGUCAACAUUUCUACCUGAACUUAGAAAAAAUGCUUCCGAGGGUUUAAAACCUCGUAUAAUUAACAUCGCCAGCCACUGCGGUCUACAGCCACUGCCUGGGUUUGCCCCGUACAGCUGUAGUAAGGCAGGCUUGCUUGCGUGGACGCGAGCUCUACGGCUAGAACAUUUUGGUACCGGGCUGAGUGUAGCGGCGUUUAUACCAGGAGGAUUCGUUAGUAUCAGCAACCUCAUGGGCAAUCAGAAAAGCCAAGAAGAAAUAAUCUUGAAACAUUUGAACGACGAGCAAAAACUGAUUUACGAAACUAAAAUCAAAACAUUAAAUAAUUAUCUGUGUCCAAAUGUACAGUCACCUAGUUUUGAUGCUAUGAAAGAUGAAAACUUAGUCGAAACUUUCAUGAAAGCUGCAUUGUCAGAAAAUCCAAAAUUACAAUACAAAGUGGAAUCUUGGCGUUACAAAUUUUACUACACUUUGUUUAAAAUUCCUGUUCCUGAAAUUGUACAUCUUUGGCUUAUUAAGAAGUUUUUGAGAUUUCCAGUUUAAAGGAUAGAGAGUUAAGGAAUUAUGAGAUGUUUCAAAGUAUGAGAGGUACAAAGUAAAUUCUUAUGUCUCCACGUGCGCACGAACAAAAACCACUUUAAAAUAUACAUAGUUAAACUCUGUUAAUUAAGCACUUUCAUUCUAAACCUACAAUUGUCUACUGUAUGAUAUGUAUUCUAUUUGCGUAA